AGCUUUCACUCUUUGGUUUCCGGCCCGGUUUUGGAGGCUCUGAGCGCUUUGAUUCUUGAAGACUAGCUGGGCACGUGGAGAGGCUGGUGGACCGCGCGACCUCGCUCUCCCCAACCCCAUGUUCGAGGAGCCGGAGUGGGCCGAGGAGGCCCCAGUAGUCGCGGACCUCGGGUCUGUAGCCUUACGGCCUCGGACCACGGCCGACUCGCAAAUCAAGGGCUCCAAGCACCGCAAGCUCUUGGCCACAUUACGGGCCCUGGAGGCAGCAUCUCUUCCCCAGCAGCCCCCCAGUCUGCCCGGCAGUGACGAGGAGGACGAGGAGGAGGUGGUGGAAAGAAAGAAGAAACGCCCAAAAAAGGUCUUGUUUGCCAGAGCUUCUCCUGAAGUAGAGAAGAAAAGGAAGAAGAAACGUCAAAAACAGGGCCCACCUAGCAGUGACUCCAAGGAAGAGGAAGUGGAAAGGAAGAAGUGCCACAAAGGGGCUCUUCUUGGCACUGACUUUGCUGCAGAAGAGAAGAGAAAGAGGAAAUGCCAGAAACAGGACCCUUCAAAUCCUGCCCAGCUCCUGGACAAUGUUGACCAAACUGGUUCCAAAGCUUGGAAUUCUAGUGCUGCAAGUGACUCCACCAAGCCAGGCCCUGAGACCCCUUGCUCUAAUCCUCCGCAUACCUUGAGUCGCAAGCAGUGGCGGAACCGGCAGAAGAACAAGCGUAGACAGAAGAACAAGUUUCGGCUUCCUCAGCCACCAGAGCAGGCCCCAGCCACAGCCACCGCAGAGGAGACAGAGGUGCCUCCUGCCCCCAGUCCACACAGCCAUGGAGCCCGGGCAGAGGCUCUGCGAGCCCGCAUGGCCCAGCGGCUGGAUGCUGCCCGGUUCCGCUACCUCAAUGAACAGCUGUACUCGGGGCCCAGCAGUGCUGCGCAGCGCCUCUUCCAGGAAGACCCUGAGGCCUUUCUCCUCUACCACCGUGGCUUCCAGAGCCAAGUCAAGAAGUGGCCACUGCAGCCAGUGGACCGCAUUGCCAGGGAUCUUCACCAGCGGCCUGCGUCCCUGGUGGUGGCUGACUUUGGCUGUGGGGACUGCCGCCUGGCUUCAAGUAUCCGGAACCCUGUGCACUGCUUCGACUUGGCCUCUCUGGACCCCCGGGUCACUGUGUGUGACAUGGCCCAGGUGCCUCUGGAGGAUGAAUCUGUAGAUGUGGCUGUGUUCUGCCUUUCACUGAUGGGAACCAACAUCAGAGACUUCCUAGAGGAGGCAAAUCGAGUGCUGAAGCCAGGGGGUCUCCUGAAAGUGGCUGAGGUCAGCAGCCGCUUUGAAGAUGUUCGGACCUUUCUGGGGGCUGUCACCAAACUGGGCUUCAAGGUCAUCUCCAAGGAGAGGGAAGCGUCAGCUGGUCUUGAGUCCUGUCCGGUAGGACCAUUUGAAGAGGCAAGGAGACCUCAGCACAAAGAAGCUAGGAGUGUGCCUUGUGGGCUGAGGAGGGAGUCUCAGGAAACCACCCAGAAUAAAGCUGCAUCCACCAAGGUAAAGGGGACUGCAGAAAAGGGACAGCAUGAUGUUCCUUUUAAAUAUCUAGCAGGCCCAUGGGACACAGAAACAUCCAGCCAAGUGAGAACUGUUUUACCCCCUUCCUUCUCUGCAGUUGGGCCCAGAGCAGUCAGCAGCUCUUAGGUGGAGAGGAGGUGAGAAGAGCAGAGAGCAUCCAGAUCAUUCCUUCCUUCCCCAGUGCAGGCUCCUUGACUUAAGUGGGACAGAGCUGGGAGGCGAAAAUAGUUAAAGCUACAAUAGGUGCAGAUUAUUUAUUGUAAUGUAGGAUUAGACAUUGCAAUCAUUUGAGAGUGGUUUUGUAUCUUAAACUGAUUCUAAGACAUCUGUGAACUAAGAAUGAGCUGAAAAGUCACAGGCUUGCUGCAGCUUUUCUCUAAAUGAAAAAAGGUUGGCGGGGUGGUGAGAGACAAGAAUAAAGUUGGGUUUGGAUAGCAGUCUGCUCAUGCUUCCUCAGCAUCCCUUUUAGAGGCUUAUUGCCCCUGCAGUCAUUGGGGUGCUCCAGCUUUUGUUCCUGUAACACUGUUCUAAGGGAGCACAGUUCCCAAAGAAGCAACGUGGUCUUGGCAGAGACACAGCUUGGCUCCAGUCACUCAACCACUUAUGUAAUUUCACGAAGCCCUUUACAGAUUCUCACAGAGACCUCUAAUUACGUCGUCCUCCAUCCCUGGUGACUUCCCAGGCUGGCCACCUGGUUCUAAGACAUUCGACUACUGCAGUAACCACCUUACUGGUCCAGUUGCUUUCACUCCUGUCCCCAGAGCAAUUCAUUUUCCACUCAGCCAAGUGAGCUUUUUAAAAUGUAAGUCAGAUAUGUCACUUCUCUGCUGAAAAUCCUUCAAUGGAUUCACAGUGCUCUGAGAACAAAAGGCAAACUCCUUCCCAGGCCCUAUGUGAUCUUGCCCAGGCCCCCCUCUCCAACUGCACCUUAACCCACUGCUUCCACACGAAACUGCAGCCACACAGGCUUUCUUUCCAUUCCUCAAGUGUUCCAAGCCAUUUCUACUUCUGGGUCGUUACAUUUGCCACUCCAUCUUCUCAGGAUACUUUUCCCUGGUGAGUUCAUUUUCAUCUUCCAGAUCUUCACACCAGCAUCACCUUUUCUUCUGUGGAAAAAACGGGCUAGAUGCUCACCAAAAUGUCCUUUUCCUGGACACACAGUUAAAUUACAUUUCCCAGCUCCUUGCAUCAAGGUGGGACUGUGUGCAUAGUCCUCCCCAGUGGAAAGUGAGUAGAAGUGAUGUUUCAGUACCAGACCAAGACAGUUAAAGAGUAGACAAGCCUUCUCUGUAUUCUCCACCCCCUCCUCUGCCUUCCAGGGUGACCUUGAAGCACGUGUUUUGAAGGUGGAGUCAGAGCAUAGAAGGAGUCGAUAUUUAAGUCCCUGCUUAGAGAAGAAUUGCUUGACCAAGAAUAUCCACAUUUCUUUGAACAAGGAAUAACCUCUGUUGCAUUAAUGUUUAGCAUGAUAUGCCCUGGCUAAUAUAUCUUCUCCGGCCAUCCUGUCCACCUUAUCUUGAUCACAAAACCCUCUUUGUUUCCUUCAGGGUGCUUCAGACAUUUAAUUAGCUUACCAGAUGCCAGUCAACACUUCCCCCAGUCCUAUGAAUUGGACUCCUAACUGGGGGAAAAAAUGCUCACAUGAGGAAGUUGAGAUACUGAUUUUAUCAGUUACAUUUUGAUUGUGACCAAAAAAAAAAAAAAGGAAAUCCCCCUAAAGAAUAUCUUAAACAAAUUAGAUUUUUCUUCUUGUAAAACUAGAAACCUGAUGGUUGAUGGUUGUUGGCAUUGGUUCAGGAAUUCAAGGAUGUUAGCAGUUAGGUCUGUGUGAUUCUCUUGAUCCUCAUGGUCACAAGAUGAUGUGUUUUGAUUAAGCAGAGACACCCUACUUACUAUUACCCUUCUCAGGAGUCUCACAGGUAGCCACAGCCCCUAUCUUUUUGGCCUUACUUCAAGGGUCCUUCUACAUUGUUAGUACUCCGGUGUAAAUAUGUUCCAUUAUUCCCUAUAACAUGGCCGAGACCAAUCUGAAAUACUACUAUUUUAAAUAUAUUUGUCUCCCCCGCCCCUUCCCACAUCUCAGUGGCCUGUCCGCAACUCAUCCAAUCCAAAGCUGUUCUCCCUCCAGCUCAGUGAGGUGGGGAAACCUUCAUGGUCUGUUUUUUUCACUCAUUCUCUACCUCCUCUGUCACUUCUAGGAUUGGGAUGGGGGAAGGCAUGUUAGAGGCAAAAAGGCUAAACUUUGAUUUAGUUUAGCUUCAUCAGUGUGUUCUACUAAGACAGGCAUUUAAAUGUUGGCUCAGUGUGUGAGGUAUUGGGGUUCUCUGGAGUCCCACCAUGGCACUUGCGCACUAACUGGUUUUGGUUCCCUCCUUACGAUACUCAGCUCACACUCCCCCUCGGCUCUUCAGCUCUUGACACUGACAGCGUAUGCACAGUGUCCUAGUGCUGAAGUCCCUCACCCUGGCGGGCAGCCCUCCUGGGAGAGGUCCCAAUAAAUACCUUAAGAGUGGUUACCUUUCUGGGAGCUCCCAGGAAACUCAUGCAUGUUUGUCCUGCCAAACAGCAGAAGUGCAGCCCAGCCAGCAGCUGACUCCCCUUGCCCUGUCCCGGCUAGCCUGACUCUGACCUCUCCAUAUCUCUCUCUCUGGCUCCAAACCCUCACAAGUGAUUCAGGUUACUUUUCUCCCAAGAAACCUCUGCCCCAGGCUCCAUCCCAGUGGCCAUAUGGAGCUGGGUCUAUAAGUUUCUGAGUGUAGCAAACAUGUUGCUAGAGAAUGUAAUGCUGAAUGAAUAUAAGGUCUCUCCCUCUCCUGGGAACAUGAAAUGACUAUAAGUGGUCCUGUUGGAGCCCUCCUCACUUGAUUUAGGAUGGAGGGAACAGCACUGCUUCUUUACCUUUCAGGGAGAAGUUCUCUAUUCCUAAAAAUUCCCGUCAAUGAAGCUUGCAUUUCUAACUUCAUGUACAAUAGGAAGGUUGGUGGGCCCUGGAUCAGCUUUAUUACCUUAGAGUAAAUUCUAUGUAGGUAUAUCUAGCACCUUUAUUUAACAUCUUACUUGUGCAAGUAUUCUUGUAAAAUGUGAAUUGUUCUCAUACAUUUGCUUUAUUUAUAGAGUAUUGUCAACAAAUCUUGUCUUUUUUUCAUCACUCAACUGUGUUUUUAAUAUCCAUCUAUGUUAUCAGUCAGGGCCCACUCAGGAAAAUAGAAACCAUACUAAGUGCUUCAAAUAGAGGGCAUUUAAUGCAGAGAAUUGAUUACAAGUGAUAGAGGCUGAGACAAAAGAAGAUGCUUGAUGUAAUUAAAAAUUAAGAACUGGAGAAAUCAGAUAAUGUCCUAAGGCCUGGGAAAACAAAAGGGAAGAAGGGAAAUAAUUACCAGAAACUAGGAGCUCAGAAAAGGGGCCACUUUUGACUGGUCGGUACUCAGAUCUUUAUGGGGAGGCUCCCUCCACAUACCCGGUGCUUGGACUUCUGAGGAAGGAAAUGGCCUUGAGGGUGAGGGAGCAAGGUCUGACUGUUCUCUGACUGCCAAGGGGGCAGCUGAUCUGCUGCUGGUGUCUCAGAAGUGUAGCAAAGCUGCUGCUGAGUGCAAAAGAAGCUAGGAGCCAGAGACAGCUGUCUGCAGCUGAAAGACUGUGACAGCAACUGGAAAACAGGAAUGAAGACUCUCGCCCCAUGUUUCAUUUUCAGUUUCCCUCUAUGGCAUCCCUUUGGCAGAACCUAAUGGAACCACCUGCCAGUGGAUUCUGGGAAAUACACUUUGCAGAGUCACAGCUGCAACAACACAACUCCAGAGUGUGUACGUGGGGGCUGAGAGGGAGGUGUGUUGCAGAGGGAGAUAUGCAGACUGUAGGAGCCCAAAGAAAAUAGGUAAAUAGCCAGUAUAUUCCAUGUAGCUGCUCAUACAUCUAGAUUGUUGCUUCUGUCAGCUGUGAAGUACUUCAUAAUAUGCAUCCACCGUAGUAAACUUAUAUAUUGGCCUGGUUGCCUCAAAUUCUUUGCCAUCUGGAGAAAUUAAAAUCCUUGAAGCUAGGGUUCUGAGUACAAAAUAAGUGCCCCCGACUAGAUGCACUCAUUUGAGAUUUGGGAGGUAAGGGUCAUCUUCCUGCCACUUGGCCGUUAUUGCUGGAGGCAGGUGUAAGUGCUGGGCUUUCUGCAGCAGCGUCCCGCUGAAGCCAGGGACAAAAUAGGGUGCCUGCUGUAGGGGCGGAAGUUCAGCAUAUUCUGGAAGUUCAGUAGGUAAAAUAAAUCUGCUCUGUACAAAUUUGGCUUUAAUAAGAUGGUUAAGAAGAAAAAUUAUUGGAAGGGUGUCAAUAAGUUACCCAGAGAACUAAUGGAAAGUCCAGGGAGUGAGGCUUAGAGGACAGGAGCCAAGGGAGGAUGAACAGUUGCAAAAUCUAAGGUCAACUUUAGUCAGUCUGGUUAGGAUGGCACUGCUGUCACCAUUGCUACUUGACUUUACUCUCACUGUUGUUGGUACAUAGAUUGAGGCUGAGAAUUGAGUUAGUCCUCCUCUAUGUUCAUGGCACUAUAUUAGGACUGGCUCAGAAAAGCCCCUCUCCUGUUCUUUAUUUUGUUUGUUUACUUUAUUCCUGAUUCAUACUUCUGCUCCUCUUGUACCCCACAAUGUGUUUGUCGUGUGCCCCUGGACACCUGUGUAUCUUUGGCAAAAUAGAUGGUGGUUUUGGUGUAUGCAUGCUGUGGCAGAGACUUGCCAGCUGUCCCUCGCACCCAUUUUCUUCUUCCUGGGAAAUUAGCUGUACUCUUUCCCAGCUUCCCUUAUUCUUAAGUCUGGCCAUGUGAUUGAAUCUAGCCAAUUGGAUGGUAGUGGAACGAAGGUGUGCUACUUCUGUGACUUGGGUCCUUAAAUUUUCCUAUGCACAGUCCCCCGUGUUAUUUCCACUUUGGCCUUUGAGCAUAUGACCUUGAAAGCUACACAUCGAAGAUGACGGAGCCAAAAGGUGGAAGGAGCCUGAACAUCACUUAGAGGAGAGCCACCCACCAAUUAAGAACAUCUGUUUUGGAUUUCACGUGAGUGAAAAUAAAUCUCUAUCUUUCUGAGCCAUUAUACCCUUGGUUUGUUGUUACAGCGACUGGUAAUCUUUUUUUUAAAUCCCUUUUAAUUAAACACAUCAGAAAAGUAAACAAAACACACACCCAUACAGAAAAGUAAAUAAAAGCGUUAAGCCUAAUGGUUUAUCACAAGGCCAGUACCUGUGUACGCCCACCUGGACUAAGAAACAGAAGGCUGUCAACACCCAGAAGCCUCUUUUAUGUCACCUCCCAACUUUCUUCUCUUGACUUCGCAGAGUUACCGCCAUCCUAACUUUCAUGACAUUGAUUUCCUUGCUUUUCUUUAUAGAGUCUUACCAGGUGAGCAUCCAUACCUAAAUUGUAUAUAUUUCCAUGUGUCUGGCUUCUUUCCAUCCCAUGGAUGGGAUUCAUCCAUGUGUUGAGUGCAGCUGAAUUUCAUUC